ACCGCCAUCUUGGUUCUUUUCACCGAAGUAUUUUCUCUUCACUUCUUCAACCUUUCCUCCACUAGCACAGCCACAGGAACACAGACGUUAGAUAAAAAACAUCUCUCUGGAGAGAACUAAGUCCUUUUGAAGGCUAAUUUACCGCAAUAAUGCUGACAAAAUUUGAGACAAAGUCAGCUCGAGUAAAAGGGCUUUGUUUUCAUAGCAAGAGACCCUGGGUUCUUGCCAGUCUCCACAAUGGUGUUAUACAGUUAUGGGAUUAUAGAAUGUGCACUUUACUGGAACGAUUUGAUGAGCAUGACGGUCCAGUAAGAGGGAUUCAUUUUCAUGAUGUCCAACCAUUGUUUGUGUCUGGAGGUGACGACUAUAAAAUUAAAGUUUGGAACUACAAACAAAAACGCUGCCUUUUUACACUACUUGGCCAUCUUGAUUACAUAAGAACAACCUUCUUUCACCAUGAAUACCCAUGGAUUCUUAGUUGUUCUGAUGACCAGACUAUUAGAAUAUGGAACUGGCAAUCAAGAACUUGCAUAUGUGUUCUGACAGGUCAUAACCACUAUGUCAUGUGUGCUCAAUUCCAUCCAUCAGAAGAUAUGGUAGUGUCUGCUUCCCUUGAUCAAACUGUUCGAGUUUGGGAUAUCUCAGGGUUGCGCAAGAAGACUGUUGCUCCUGGUGCCAGUGGACUUGAUGAACAUCUCAAGAAUCCAGGCCACACUGACUUGUUUGGACAGUCAGAUGCUAUUGUCAAACAUGUCCUUGAGGGACAUGACAGAGGUGUUAACUGGGUCACUUUCCAUCCCACAAUGCCUUUGAUUGUCUCAGGCGCUGAUGACAGACAGGUCAAACUAUGGAGAAUGAACGAUUCCAAAGCCUGGGAAGUAGAUACCUGCCGUGGGCAUUACAACAAUGUCUCUUGUGUUCUUUUCCACCCUAGACAAGAGUUGAUGCUAAGUAACUCUGAAGACAAAAGUAUCAGAGUUUGGGACAUGUCCAAGAGAACUGGUGUUCAGACGUUUAGAAGGGAGCAUGAUAGAUUCUGGACAAUAGCUGCGCAUCCAACAUUGAAUUUAUUUGCUGCAGGUCAUGAUAGUGGAAUGAUAGUGUUUAAACUAGAAAGAGAACGACCAGCAUAUGCAGUGCAUGGAAAUACUUUGUAUUAUGUCAAGGAGCGAUAUCUUAGGAUGUAUGAAUUUGGAACUUCCAAAGAUGUCCCUGUCAUGCAAUUCAAAAGGAAUUCAUCUCGUACACCAGUUUAUUCAAUGUCUUACAAUCCAGCUGAGAAUUGUGUUCUAAUAUGCACUAAUGCUACAAACCCAGAAAACUGUGUUUAUGAGCUCCAUGCCAUCCCCAAACAAUCAGACAGCAACAACCCAGAAGUUUCAGAAGGAAAACGUGGAUCAGGUCUGACUGCUGUCUGGGUAGCACGUAAUAGAUUUGCUAUCUUGGACAGGACACACACACUCUUGAUCAAGAACCUGAAGAAUGAAAUCACUAAGAAAGUACCCACCCCAUCAUGUGAUAUGAUCUUCUAUGCGGGUACUGGCAGUUUACUUCUAAGAGAUCCAGACUCUAUUACACUAUUUGAUGUGCAGCAAAAAAGGUCUAUGGCAUCUGUCAAGAUCAAUAAAGUGCGUUAUGUUGUAUGGUCACCUGACAUGUCCCAUGUUGCACUUCUUAGCAAACAUGUUGUUGCUGUUUGCAAUCGUAAGCUUGAAUGCCUGUGCACAAUCCAUGAAAAUAUCAGAGUAAAGAGUGGAGCCUGGGAUGAGAGUGGUGUGUUUAUAUACACCACCAGUAACCAUAUUAAAUAUGCCUUGACAAAUGGAGAUCAUGGUAUCAUUAGAACACUUGAUCUUCCUAUUUAUAUCACUAGGAUCAAGGGAAGCAGUGUGUAUUGUCUAGAUAGAGAGUGUAAGACUAGAGUACUUGGAAUUGAUCCUACGGAGUUUAAAUUCAAACUUGCUCUUAUCAACCGUAAAUAUGAUGAGGUACUACAUAUGGUAAGGAAUGCCAAGCUUGUUGGUCAGUCAAUCAUCUCUUAUCUUCAAAAGAAGGGAUAUCCUGAGGUUGCACUUCACUUUGUGAAAGAUGAAAAGACGAGGUUUGGUCUAGCACUGGAGUGUGGUAAUAUCGAGGUUGCAUUAGAAGCUGCCAAAGCUCUAGAUGACAAGGCAUGCUGGGAACGACUGGGUGCUGCUGCUCUGAGACAGGGAAACCAUCAGGUUGUAGAAAUGGCCUACCAAAGGACUAAAAACUUUGACAAGCUGUCUUUCCUGUAUCUCAUCACUGGAAAUGUGGAAAAACUGCAGAAAAUGCAGAAAAUUGCUGAAAUUCGUAAAGACAUGAGUGGCCAGUACCAUAAUGCUUUGUACACUGGAGAUGUGGAAGAAAGAGUUAAAAUCUUAAAAGCCCUUGGACAAGGACCUCUAGCGUACUUGACAGCCGCCACUCAUGGAUUAGCUGAGGAAGCUGAAGAUGUGAAGUCUACCUUUGAACUGGAGGCAGAUAUGAUCCCUAAGGUUAAUCCAAGCUCCAAGCUACUACAGCCUCUUGUACCAAUCCUACAAAAUGAAGGCAACUGGCCUCUGCUCACAGUCAGCAAAACCUUCUUUGAGGGAGCUAUGUCUGCUAAAGCUGGUGGUGCAUCUGCUAUGGCUGCUGUAGAUGACUCUGGUGAGGGUGCUGGUGAAGGAUGGGGAGAAGAUGCAGAACUUAUUAUUGAUGAUGAAGGUGGUUUUGGUGGAGAUGAUGCUAUUGAAGGCAUUGGGGAUGAUGAGGAAGGUGGUGGAUGGGAUGUUGGAGAUGAUGACUUGGAAUUACCUCCUGAUUUGGAUGUUGGUGGACCUGAUAUACCAUCAGGGGAAGAAGGAUAUUUUGUACCACCAACAAAAGGAACCAGUCAAGCCCAGAUAUGGUGCAACAAUUCACAUCUUCCUGCUGAUCAUGUUGUUGCUGGCUCAUUUGACACUGCUAUGAGGCUUCUUCAAGAACAGAUUGGUGUUGUGAACUUUGAGCCUUUUAAGUCACUGUUCAUGUUAGCUUACUCAAGGUCAAGAACCGCUAUCAUAGCAGGUCCAGCUUUACCUAACUUAUUUGGCUUUCCACACAGAAACUGGAAAGAGGCUGGAGGAAAGGGCGGUUUACCAGCAGUUGGGCUUAAGCUGAGUACACUUGUACAGAGAUUACAGGCAGCAUACCAGUUAACAACUGGAGGGAAAUUCCAGGAAGCCAUUGUCAAGUUACAGGAGAUACUGCUAAGUGUACCACUAGUGGUGGUGGAUACCAAGCAAGAAAUCAGUGAAGCUCAACAGCUUGUUGGUAUCUGUAAGGAAUACAUCUUGGGAUUACAAAUGGAGAGUAAGAGAAAAGAACUGCCUAAGAGUAAUCUUGAAGAACAAAAGCGUAUAUGUGAGAUGGCAGCAUACUUUACUCACUGCAAUCUUCAACCAGUUCAUCAGAUUCUUACUCUCAGGACUGCACUUAACCUCUUCUUUAAGCUAAAGAAUUAUAAGACUGCUGCUUCGUUUGCYCGCCGGUUACUUGAGCUGGGACCUCGACCUGAUGUAGCUACUCAGACUCGCAAGGUUCUACAAGCUUGUGACAAGAACCCUACCGAUGCUCACAAAUUACAGUAUGAUGAACUUAACCCAUUCGCUAUCUGUGGCUCAUCCUAUAAACCUUUGUACAGAGGUAAACCACAGGAAAAAUGUCCCCUUUGUCAGACAAGUUACUGCCCUGAGUUCAAGGGAACUGUUUGCAAAAUCUGCAAAGUUGCUGAAGUUGGCAAGGACUCWAUUGGACUUAGAAUCAGUCCAAUCCAAUUCCGCUGAUAAACAAAUACUACAAAGAUUUAUAAUAAAUAGCUGGUUUUUAAUUYUGUGAGAAAGACAUUGAAACACCAUCGUAAGUUUUCAAGUAACAAAGACUUGGAUGAGGGAAAUGGUUGUUGAAGUACAGGAAAAAAGAAUGGAGAAAACAUAGAAUCAAGACAACACACAAAUGAAAUGUAGUAGGGUGAAAUUGAUGUUGCUGUUAAGACUCCUCAAUUCACACAAUAUAGGAUUUAUGAUUACCUUAUAAUUGCCCUUAAACCRUGGCGCUACUUCAGCUAGGAACAAUCCCAUCUUUUGAACAAGAUAUUCAAUAACAUCAUACUUCAAGUAUGAUCUAACAUAUACUGAGCCAAUCACAUUUGACAAAUGUGAAUUYCCUAACCUGACUGGGUAGCAUUGUUAUCCAGUUCAUGUUGUCCCAGUCGACGUAGUUGCUGUGUGAUAUGUGAUAUUAAUAUUAGAAACAAUGUCUUAAAUUAGUAAGUAACACACAAACUCUACCGUCCCAAUCUUAUAUAACCUCCUGACACUACUUACGUUGUAUAUGGAGACAGCAGUUUAUCUUAGAAACCCUAACUCUCUACUUUUAUGUGAUAUACAAGUAGCUUAUAAAUUUGUCAUACAGUAGGUAUUAGUAAUCUAUCAAUGGUAUUUACAGAAUAAAAAUAAAACUGAAAGAAUUUAA